GCCUGGAAACCGGUCUGAGCAGAGCUGCGGGAUUGACACAAAUGGUCGGACUGAGAGAGCUGCAGGGUAUUGUAUUUUGUCUGGUCUGUUUAAAAUCUGAUUUCUGGUAAAAAUUGCAUGGAGAAAAGGAUACGAGAACAGAGAGAACCAACGAAUGAACAGGAGUUAAUCUUGGCAAAGUUUAGCUCAGCAGCGAACUAAACGGGAGAGAAAAAGAAUCAACGAAAUAAAUCGGAGAACUGGUUCUUAAAAAAGAAACAGCAAAGUAUGGCUUGGCACAGUUGCUUUCAUAAACUUAGUAGGAUGCUGUUGCCGACAUUAUCUUUACUGAUUUUAGGGUUAUGUGGUGCGCGUGGACAGUACGGGGACCGCGGACUUUCUGUCCCAGAGCAUGGAUUUUGCCAGCCUAUUUCUAUACCACUUUGCACCGAUAUCGCUUACAACCAGACCAUCAUGCCCAAUUUACUGGGGCAUACGAACCAGGAAGAUGCCGGGCUAGAAGUUCACCAGUUUUACCCGCUCGUAAAAGUGCAGUGUUCCCCAGAUCUGAAGUUUUUCCUGUGCUCUAUGUAUGCACCGGUAUGUACCGUGCUAGAGCAAGCUCUACCCCCGUGCCGAUCCCUUUGCGAGAGAGCGAGACAGGGCUGCGAGGCACUGAUGAACAAAUUCGGCUUCCAGUGGCCUGAUAGCUUGGCAUGUGAAUCUUUUCCCGUUCACGGAGCUGGCGAGUUGUGCGUGGGACAGAACAAGUCUGAUAAAGGAAGCCCCACGCACAAACCUAACGAAUCCGUACCAGAUGAAAUCAUUACUGACAAGUACCCCAGGGACCACUUCACAUGCCCCAAGUUUUUGAAGGUCCCCACGUAUUUGAACUACCACUUUAUGGGGGAGAAAGACUGCGGUGCUCCCUGUGAGCCUUUGAUAUCCAGCGGAAUGAUGUACUUCAGUCAGGAAGAGCUAAAGUUUUCCAGGAUUUGGAUUGGGAUUUGGUCUGUUUUGUGUUGUGCUUCCACAUUGUUUACUGUCCUCACCUACUUGGUUGACAUGAAGAGGUUCAGUUACCCCGAGCGCCCCAUCAUUUUCCUGUCUGGCUGUUACACCAUGGUGGCUAUAGCCUACAUUGCUGGAUUUCUGCUCGAGGAUAAAGUGGUUUGUAAUGACAAGUUUAACGAUGACGCUUACAGAACAGUGGCCCAGGGCACCAAGAAAGAAGGCUGUACCAUCUUGUUUAUGAUGCUGUACUUUUUCAGCAUGGCAAGCUCUAUCUGGUGGGUCAUCCUGGCCUUGACUUGGUUCUUGGCAGCAGGGAUGAAGUGGGGGCAUGAAGCUAUUGAAGCCAACUCGCAGUAUUUUCACUUAGCGGCAUGGGCUGUGCCAGCUAUCAAGACCAUCACUAUUUUGGCAGUGGGGCAGGUGGAUGGUGACGUCCUCAGCGGGGUGUGCUUUGUGGGGAUCAAUAAUGUGGAUGCCCUGCGAGGAUUUGUCCUGGCACCCCUCUUUGUCUACCUUUUUAUUGGCACCUCGUUUCUGCUGGCAGGCUUUGUUUCACUGUUUCGGAUCCGAACAAUAAUGAAACACGAUGGCACCAAGACUGAGAAGUUGGAGAAGCUCAUGGUUAGGAUAGGCAUUUUUAGCGUCCUCUACACUGUCCCUGCUACUAUCGUCAUUGCUUGCUAUUUUUAUGAACAGGCUUUUCGGGAACAGUGGGAGAAAAGCUGGCUUAGCCAAACCUGCAAGGCCUAUGCAAUCCAUUGCCCUCCCAACAAUUAUCCACACAUGACUCCAGACUUCACAGUCUUCAUGAUUAAAUAUCUCAUGACCUUGAUUGUGGGGAUCACCUCAGGGUUUUGGAUAUGGUCGGGUAAAACACUAAAUUCUUGGAGGAAAUUUUACACAAGACUAGUGAAUAGUAACCAAGGGGAAACAACAGUGUAAAACAAUUGUAUUGUUAAGCCUUUUUUUUUUUUUU